CUGAGUAAUCAUUUACAUAACAUAUACGUUUGUAAUUUUGUAAAAUAUACUAAAUGUUAUGUAAUUUGUUCUACACAUUUGUUUUUUUAUCUCUAUUGAGUGACUAUUCCCCUCUUUUAAAGUUUUCCAGCUGCAUAGAGCCGCUUGCAACACCAAAUACUGCAAACAAUACCACUUUUACAAAUGUAAUAGAUGAAGAAACUCCAAAAAAUCGUGAGGAGACUUUAGAAGGUGCGUCUGCGGAUUACAAAGACCGUAGAGAUGAUAAACAGUCAAUUAGUAAAGAUGACCUUUCAAAGGAAGCGUACCGUUUGGAGAAUGGCGUGAAAUAUAUUACAGAUGAAAAGCAGAAUAUUGAAAAAAUAGAGAGAAUAGGAGACGAAAUAAAAAGGAAACUGAACGACUCGAAUGGCACAAAAUUACAAGAGCUUAUCAACAAGAGAAAUCAGCUGCUAAUAAAAAUAUCCUCGCUAGGGAAAACACUCCGUAUUGAACAUGAUGCUGUUUACCCUGAGCUCAGAGGAGAACCUAUUAUAGUCAUCGCGAAGAACGAAGAUGAUGAGAAGAGGAAGGCCAAUCAAUUAGCACACCUCGAUGGAUUCGAAGAUUUUGUCCAUAAAAUAUCGUCGCCAUGCAGCAUACUGGAGGAUAUUCGGAAAAAAUCACUAGAUUCUACACAACUAAAUGCUAAAGAUAAAUUCAAAAUGGAACAAAGAACUCUGGAUUCUAUGAAUGCACAAGAUAGGUUAAAUUAUGAUAAUAACAUGAUUGAACAUUACGAAUCCCUAAUGCAAGAACUAGUCGAAGGUAUACACAAAGUUAACGACGAAAUAGAAGGAUCGUGGCAUAAUUACAGCCUGUAGGGAAGACACAUCCACCAUAUGG